AGAAGAGACAGGGAGACUAGCAGCUACCCUUCACACCUGACUGUCCCACUAGGCAGUGAGCCAGCCAACCACCUGUCCAGUGGAAGCAGCCUCCCUCAAUGCCUGUAAGCCCCAAAGAAGGGGGAGGGAAUUUCAGUGGCUGCUGUGACUUCUGACAGAACCUUCAAAGGGAACACACUACUACCCCACAGCCUCCCAGAGCUCACUGCAGCCCAGACUGCACUCUCCCUAGAGGUCAGCAGCACCAAGGUGCCUGCCCCAGCAGCUCCUGGGGCUGCUGUUGGCAGGAGUGGAAACCAUGUCUCCAGGCCGCCUGAGCCUCUGGUUCCUUGUGGUCCUGGAGAUUGGGUGGCUGGGUUUGGGACAGCAUGUAGCUGAAGCAGCUGUCCGGCAUCGCUAUAUAGCUGCUCAGAUCAUCAACUGGACUUACCGUCCUCAGACCAACGACCCAAGUUCAAAGCCCUCAGAGCCUACCUUUAAGAAAAUAGUCUACAGAGAGUAUGAAGCAGGUUUCAUACAAGAAAAACCAAGAUCAAACAUUUCAGGGCUUCUUGGACCUACUCUUUUUGCCGAAGUUGGAGACACUUUGAAGGUUCACUUUAAGAAUAUGGCGAAGAAGCCUUUAACCAUCCAUCCCCAAGGAAUUGAAUAUAAUAAACUGUCUGAAGGUGCCUGUUACACAGACCAAACAUCUCCCUCGGAGAAGAUGGAUGAUGCUGUACUUCCGGGUCAGGAAUAUACCUACACAUGGCUGAUCACCGAAGACAAUGGACCCACAGAUGAUGACCCUCCUUGCCUCACACACAUCUAUUACUCCUACGAUAACUUAGUACUGGAUUUCAACUCUGGCCUUAUUGGGCCUUUGCUCAUCUGUAAGAAAGGCAGCCUGACUGAGGAUGGGAUUCAAAAGAUGUUUGACCGGCAACAUGUGCUGAUGUUUGCAGUGUUUGAUGAAAGUAAAAGCUGGCAGCGGUCACCUUCUCUGAUGUAUACGGUCAAUGGCUAUGUGAAUGGAACACUGCCAGAUGUAACAGUCUGUGCCUACGACCAGAUUAGUUGGCAUCUAAUUGCAAUGAGCUCUGGCCCUGAACUAUUCUCUAUUCAUUACAACGGGCAGGUCCUGGAACACAACUCUCGCAAAGUCUCGGCCAUCCCCCUCGUCGCAGCCACAUCAACCACUGCAAAUAUGACUGUGAGCCAUGAGGGAAGGUGGAAGAUAUCUUCUCUCAUCCCAAAGCAUUUUCAAGCUGGGAUGAAGGCAUACCUUAAAAUUGAAAAAUGCCCAAAAGGGACCAGAAAGAUAACAAAAUUAACCCGAGAUCAGAGGCGUUACAUUAAGAAGUGGGAGUAUUUCAUUGCUGCAGAGGAAGUCAUUUGGGACUAUGCCCCAGAAAACCGGGAGAACACAGACAAAAAAUAUAAAUUUCGGUACAACAAUUUGGCAAACCAAAUUGGGACACAAUAUAAGAAGGUGGUGUACAAACAGUACAAAGAUGAAUCUUUCACUGAACCCAUGGAAAGUACUGAUCCGCAAGAAACUGGUAUCUUGGGGCCCAUCAUCAGAGCCCAAGUCAGAGAUACCCUCAAAAUUGUAUUCAAAAAUAUGGCCAGCCGUCCCUAUAGCAUUUAUCCUCAUGGAAUAACACUUUCUACAGAUGAAGAAAAAGCUAUGAAUCUUUCCACUUCAGGCAACAACACCUUGGUCAAAGCUGUCCAACCAGGAGAAACUUACACUUAUAAGUGGCACAUCCUGGAGUCUGACGAACCAACAGGAAAUGAUGCUCAAUGUUUAACAAGACCAUAUUAUAGUAUUGUGGACAUUCCAAGGGAUAUUGCCUCAGGCCUCAUUGGGCUACUUUUGAUUUGUAAAAGCAGAACUUUGGACAACCGGGGCGUACAGAGGACAGCAGAUUCUGAACAACAAGCUGUGUUUGCUGUAUUUGAUGAGAACAAAAGCUGGUACUUGGAGGACAAUAUUAACAAAUUUUGUGAAAACCCGUCUUCUGUGAAAAGAGAUGAUCCAAAAUUUUAUGCGUCCAACAUCAAGAGCACAAUAAAUGGCUUUUUGCCUGAGAGUAUAUCAACCCGGGGAUUUUGUCAUGAGGACACUGUCCAGUGGCACUUUUGCAGUGUGGGCAUCCAGAAUGAGAUCCUGACUCUUCACUUGACUGGCCACUCGUUUGUAUAUGGAAAAAGACAUGAGGAUGUCCUGACUCUCUUCCCUAUGAGUGGAGAAUCUGUAACUGUCACAAUGGAUAAUGUUGGGACCUGGAUGCUGACUUCUAUAAGUUCCAACCAGAGAAAUCAAAACCUCAGGCUGAGAUUCAGGGAUGUUAAAUGUAUAAGGAAUUACGAGGAUGACUCCUAUGAAAUUUUAUUUGAUGACAAUGCAGAAAAGCUUGUCACAGAGAAGAAUAAACCCACCACCAGAAACAUGCGGGAUUCAACAGAAGAUGGAGGGAAAGACGAUAGUGAUUACCAGGAGGAACUGGCUUUGCAGUUUGGUAUUAGAUCAUUUAGAAAUUCUUCAGGACCUCAGGAGGGAGAUGAACUUCUCAACCUGACUUCUUUGUUUAUGGAGGAAAUCCCUGAAAUGAUUCCCCUAAAUGUGAAUGCAUCUUUGGGUACCUCUCAGCCUUCCCCAACAGACCCUGGUAGCAUUCCCAGACUUCAAGCUACCCUUCCUUACUCAAUCACAACAACUGGGCCUCCCCUGGAGAACAUCACCACUACAGGUACACACUCCAUCACAUUACAAACUGCUGUCUCCAUUCUGAAGAAUCCCUGGCCCCAUUCUGAACAACCGGUCAAGAAGGGGGACUUGUACAUGGGGACAGCCUUGUUUUCUCUUGGUGCAGAAGAACUCCAAAGCCAAGAAGAUGCCAAGAAGCAAGCCAGCCAGGCCAAUGAGGAGACUUCUAAAUUUAUCACUACCUUAGCUAAACAACCUGAGGCAGAAAGAAAUACAUCAGUACAAUCCAGUCAUACACAGGUAGAACUACUAACAGGUAAUGUGAGGGUGAAUUUAACUCUAGAACAGCCUGAUCUUCAGAGCAAUGACACUCUCAAAUCCAGAGCAGGAACAGAAGAAGAUCUUCUAGAUGAUCUGGUAGUUGUUAACCAGAAGGACCCACCAAAGGUUUUGAAUGGGAAAUGGAAUUUGGUUUCUGAGAAAGGGAGCUAUGAAAUCAUCAAAGAUACAAAUAAAGAUGAGGUUGGAGAUAAGAUGUUGAACAGCCCCCAGAAUGUCGCAACAUCUUGGAGAGAAGGACUUCCUUCUUCUAAUUGGCACACUCCUUUAAAAAUAGGAAAGAACAGAGCAAAUGGUAGAUUCAGGAAAUCUUCAGUUUUGAUUAAGACCCGAAAAAGGAAAAGAGUCACCAAGUCUGCGUACAAUGUGCUGAUGUCCCCCAGAGGUUUCAAGCCUCUAAAAGGAAGGUACAAUGCCACAUUACCCCACAGGGGCAAUCAUUCACUCUUACCCAAUGAAUCUAAUGAGAUGCCAUCCCCUAAGGAUCUAGAACAAGUAUCCCCCACUUCAGACCUGGAUCAGAAUUUCCCCACUGUGGAUGUGGAUCAGACAUUUCCCCCACCAGAGUUUAGUAAAAUAUCCUCUGACCUAAAGUUCAGUGAAACACUCUCUACUCUAGACUUUGUUUCCACAACCCAUCCUCCAGAUUUCUAUCAGACAUUUUCCCCUCCAGAUCUUCAUCAAACUCCUUUGUCGCUAGACCUUUAUAAGACAUUCUCUCCUCCAGAUCUUAAUCAGACUCCUUUCCCUUUCUCCCUCUAUGAGACAACUCCCUCUUCAGACCCCUAUGAAGCAUCCUUUCCUCCAGGUGUUUAUGAAACAACUCCCCCUUCAGACCCCUAUGAAGAAUCCUUUCCUCCAGGUGUCUAUGAAUCAACUCCCCCUUCAGACCCCUAUGAAGCAUCCUUUCUUCCAGAUGUCUAUGAGACAACUCCCCCUUCAGACCCCUAUGAAGCAUCCUUUCCUCCAGGUGUCUAUGAGACAACUCCCCCUUCAGACCCCUAUGAAGCAUCCUUUCUUCCAGAUGUCUAUGAGACAACUCGAUCUUCAGACCCCUAUGAAGCAUCCUUUCCUCCAGGUGUCUAUGAAUCAACUCGAUCUUCAGACCCCUAUGAAGCAUCCUUUCCUCCAGGUGUCUAUGGGACAACUCCCCCUUCAGACCCCUAUGAAGCAUCCUUUCUUCCAGAUGUCUAUGAGACAACUCCCUCUUCAGACCCCUAUGAAGCAUCCUUUCCUCCAGGUGUUUAUGAAACAACUCCCCCUUCAGACCCCUAUGAAGCAUCCUUUCUUCCAGAUGUCUAUGAGACAACUCCCUCUUCAGACCCCUAUGAAGCAUCCUUCUCUCCAGAUGUCUAUGAGGCAACUUCCCCUUCAGACCCCUAUGAAGCAUCCUUUCCUCCAGGUGUCUAUGAGGCAACUUCCCCUUCAGACCCCUAUGAAGCAUCCUUUCCUCCAGGUGUCUAUGAGACAACUCCCCCUUCAGACCCCUAUGAAGCAUCCUUUCUUCCAGAUGUCUAUGAGACAACUCCCUCUUCAGACCCCUAUGAAGCAUCCUUUCUUCCAGAUGUCUAUGAGACAACUCCCUCUUCAGACCCCUAUGAAGCAUCCUUUCUUCCAGAUGUCUAUGAGACAACUCCCUCUUCAGACCCCUAUGAAGCAUUCUUUCUUCCAGAUGCCUAUGACACAACUCCCCCUUCAGACCCUUAUGAAGCAUACUUUCUUCCAGAUCUCAAUUGGAGUUCUACUUUGGAUCUGAAUCAGUCCCAUUUCCUACCAGAGACCGGUCAGAUACUCCCUACUCCAGAGUUCAAUGAGAGCGUCCCUUCAGACCUUAGUCAUAUACCCUCCUCUCCAGUCCUUGAAUCAAUAUCCCAAUCACUUCCACCCAGAAACAAUGUUACAUUGAGACCAAGACAAUUUAAUCCAGAGAUUAUAGUGGGCUUUACCAAAGCUGAUGGGAAUUAUGUUGAGUAUAUUCCAGGGCAAGACAUCAAAGACAAUGAAGAUGAUGAUGAUUAUGUUGAAGACACCUAUGUACACUAUGAUGACCCUUACCAAACAGAUAGAAGGACAGAUACAAGCUCACUCCGAAACCCUGACAACAUUGCAGCAUGGUAUCUCAGAAGCCACAAAGGAAAUAGAAAAAAUUACUACAUUGCUGCUGAGGAAGUACUUUGGGAUUAUUCAAAAUUCUCAAAAAGCAUGAAGAAGGCUGAUGAUGAUGGUGAUACCAUAGGGAACACAGUGUAUAAGAAAGUGAUUUUUCGGAGCUACCGGGACAGUACCUUUUCAGUGCCUGAUCCUCGGGGAGAGAAUGAAGAGCACCUUGGUAUCCUUGGUCCUGUUAUCAGGGCUGAGGUGGAUGAUGUGAUCCAAGUUCGUUUUAAAAAUCUAGCCUCCAGGCCAUAUUCUCUUCAUGCCCAUGGGCUUUCCUAUGAAAAGUCAUCAGAGGGAAAGACCUAUGAAGAUGAUUCCCCAGAAUGGUAUCAGGAUGACAAUGCCAUUCAGCCCAAUGGCAGUUAUACUUAUGUGUGGCAUGCGACAGAACGAUCCGGCCCAGAAAAUCCUGGGUCUGCCUGCCGAGCUUGGGCCUACUAUUCAGCUGUAAAUCCGGAAAAAGAUAUCCAUUCAGGCCUAAUAGGCCCCCUUCUGAUCUGCCGAAAAGGAACACUUCAUAAAGAAAGCAACAGGCCCAUAGACAUGCGAGAGUUUGUCCUACUUUUUAUGAUCUUUGAUGAAAAGAAGAGCUGGUAUUUUGAUAAAAAGCCCAAAAGGAUGUGGACAGGCUUAUCCUCAGAAGUGAAAAACACUCACAGGUUUCAUGCCAUCAAUGGUCAUAUCUACAAUUUGCCAGGACUAAGGAUGUAUGAAAAAGAGAAUGUGAGAUGGCACUUGCUGAACAUGGGCGGUUCCCAGGACAUCCAUGUGGUUCACUUUCAUGGCCAGACAUUGCUGGAAAAUAGAACCCAACUGCACCGUUUGGGGGCCUGCCCCCUGCUUCCUGGUUCAUUUAUGACUCUUGAAAUGAAGGCAUCAAGACCCGGCUUAUGGCUUUUAGACACUGAGGUUGGAGAAAAUCAGAUAGCGGGAAUGCAAACACCAUUCCUUAUAAUAGAUAAAGAAUGCAAGAUGCCCAUGGGCUUAAGUACUGGCAUCAUAGCUGAUUCACAGUUAAGUGCGUCUGAUUUUCUGGGUUCCUGGCACCCUAAAUUAGCGAGGUUAAACAAUGGUGGAUCUUACAAUGCUUGGAGUACAGAACAACGAGCACCUUCUCCUCCAUCUGAACCUUGGAUCCAGGUGGACUUCAAAAGAGAAGUUGUACUUACUGGGAUACAGACCCAGGGAGCCAAACAGUACCUGACAUCCUACUACACCACCCAGUUCUCUGUCGCCUAUAGCUCUGACAAAAGAAUGUGGCGGUACUUCAAAGGGAACAGCACUUCAAAACAAAAGUACUUUGCAGGUAACUCAGAUGCCUCCACCAUCAAGGAAAAUUCCUUUGACCCACCCAUUGUGGCUAAAUACAUUCGGAUCUCCCCAACCGUUUCCUACAAUAGACCCACCCUCCGUCUGGAAUUGCUGGGCUGUGAGGUCCAAGGUUGCUCCACACCUCUGGGUAUGGAAAGCCAAAAGAUAGGAAAUAAUCAGAUUACAGCUUCAUCCACGAAAAAAUCUUGGUUGGGAGGUUACUGGUCACCCUUCUAUGCCCGUCUCAAUGCUCAAGGCCGUGUGAAUGCCUGGCAAGCCAAGUCAAACAACAACAGGCAGUGGCUACAGAUAGACCUGCUCAAAACCAAGAAGAUAACAGCGAUUGUAACCCAAGGAGCCAAGUCUUUCUCCAAUGAAAUGUAUGUGAUGUCUUACACCAUCUUCUACAGUGAUCAUGGCACAGGAUGGAAACCUUAUAAGGACAAAUCGUCCAUGACGGCAAAGAUUUUUGCGGGAAAUGUUAAUCCCAAAGGACAGGUCAAGAAUUUUUUCAACCCUCCCAUCUUUUCCAGGUUCAUCCGUGUUGUUCCCAAGUCAUGGAAUCAAAGCAUUACUCUUCGAUUAGAACUCUUUGGCUGUGAUAUUUACUAGAGCUGGGGUAGAUAUCAUGCAUUCUUUGAGUCUUCAAAGGGUAGUUUUAGCACUGGUUGUCUAUUUUAUAGUUAUUUUAAAUGUCAGACUUCAAAAGAUUUUUCUACUGUUGCUUUUUCCCCUCUUAUCUAGUAGAAACUGGGGUUUUCUACAUGAGAUUUUCUAGUUUAUUUUUUUCCCACCAUAAAAUAAGAAAAUAGUACUGAUUUGGCAGCAUUGAUUACAUUAACAUGGAAAAAUAAUAUUGAAGGUUUUUAGUAGCCAGAUGAAUUAAAGAUUAUUGAUCACAAAUGGAAUCUUGAUUGUUAUUCUAGAACACCAGAAUUUGGGUAAUUUUUUAGCCCAGAUGUCCUCAUUGGCAUAGGCUAUUAAUAGUGUUAAUGUGUUGUACUCAUGUUUUCAGGAAAGUGAUUUUCAGUCAUGAAUCUGAAGCAUUUGAAAGGUUGGUCAGAGGUGAAAUGAACAAUUUCAAGGUUGGCAACUUUUAAACCUCUGUGAAGUCACCAGUAAAAAAUCUUUAUGGCUUUGCAAGAAUAAAUUAUGAUGCAAUAAG